UGGGAUCGGGUACCUGUCAAAUUCGGGUACCCGCUCCCACUUCCGGUCUGAUCGCCUAAGCGGUCGGAAUGGAAGGUGUCCUCCCUCCCUGUAGUCUUUUGGGACACGUGACAGGUCCCAGAAGACUACAGGACCAUUCAUGAAGCGUAGCGCUACUCGCGCAUGCGCAGUGGGUACCCCACACCGAAGAUGCCGGCCUCCUGGAAUAUUGGAUGGCUGGUGAAACGGGCUUCGGGGGACACAUCGGGGGAGCAAGGGACAGGUCAG